ACUGAUGAAGGGUCUCGGCCCGAAACGUCAGCUGUUCAUUUCCCUCCAUAGAAACCCCCUGUCCCGCUGUGUUCCGCCAGCAGCUUCGGAGUUACUAAAUCGAUCGUUCUGCGUCUGGCUCCGUCGCUCGCAGUAUCGGCUCUCUCUUGCUUUCCCCUAGCGACAAGCGCGCGGUGUUUGAGUGGCGGCGGCGGGUCCUUUACCGGUGGCCCGAGCUGCGCCUGCGGAUAUCGGAUGCCAAUGCCGCGGUCCGAAUCGUAUAUUGUGGUGCCUCCCGGAGGGCUGGAGGAAAACUUUCUCAGUCUAGACGACAUCCUGAUGACCCAGGAGAAGGUCCCAUGCCGGACAGAGACGGUGUUGCCGCGUCUUGGCUUCCUAGAUAAGGGCGGUGAGGCCGAUCUCAUCCCCGAGGGUACGAAGAUAGAACUGCCUCUUUGGCUGGCGAAAGGAUUGUGUGAUCCCAAACGCCGCAUUGUGUCUGCCAGCAUUCCAAAGGUGUAUAGAGAUGGUUGGCGGACUAUUUUCAGUGCUGAUGCAAAGGUAGUGGAUUUGCACAAAAUGGGGCCAUAUUAUUAUGGGUUUGGAACACAGCUGCUGCAUUUUAACAAUCCAGAGAAUACAGAAAUUGCUCAGACUAUCCUACAGACAUUUGUCAAUCGUUUCCGUCGGAUCAUGGAUUCCUCACAGAAUGCAUACAAUGAGGACAUUUCAAUGCUUGUGGCUCAUCUGGAUGAACUGGAGCGAGAACUGUUUCGAGCUGGUCAAAAGGGAUUGAACGACUUCCAAAAGUGGGAGAAGGGGCAAGCUGUCCAAAUCACCACUUCCAACCUAGUUCAGAGCUAUGGUAAACGGAAAUUUUCAGAUUUGGAAGCCUAAGUUCCUUACACAGUUGGUCAUUGACAUGAUAAGAAACAGUAUGAGGAUUCUUCUCAAAUAAACGUGGAUUUCCUUAAUCUAAAAAUAAAUCCUCAUAAGCUGUGACUGCGUUAUUCACAGUGAUCAAAACUAAAUUAAAUGGAUAUACUGUAAUGAAAUGGGACAAAAUCCCGUUGAUUGAGUGAUUCCACUGUUCACCACACACCUACACCUACAUGCACCUACCUUAUGAAGCUAAAUAUUGAUGCAGACUAAUUGAUUUCUGCGGCGUUUUGAAUGUUAAAGGUCUGUCUCCCUUAAUUUUGAACCGUGAACCAUUAUGGAAACCCUGAAUCAUUGCUGUGAAAUCAAAUGGAAUUUAGUUUUGUACCAUAGCAACAGGGAAGGAUACAAGGUGAAAACUAAAUUUCUAAUACAUCCAGUGCCACAUUUUCCUCCUCCACUUUAUUAUAGGUUUGACUUGCCCCUUAAAGCCAGAGAAGGAAGAUUUCAGUACACUUUGUGAGAAGCAAGUACAAUGCACAUGGCUUCUUGUUUAGAUAUUUAAUGAAGGCUGUAUAAUGUUGAAUCAUUGGUUCUUUGCUCUCUGAAACAACCUUAUAGGCAAUUAUUCUCCUAUCAGCAGGCCAAAGAAUCAAGUGUUGGGCUUUAACUAUCAAAACUUCUAGUUCCAGUCUCUUUGAAUUUGACCAGUGUUCAUCUCUUGAGCAUUGUAUAGUAUUGUUUUUUCAUUUGAAGGAUAGACAGGAAUAGCAUGUUUUGCCUUUGUUUUGAUUGUUGAUGUAAUUUGAUGUACUAUUUGUUUCUUAACUCUCUGCUGUACCACAAUUUGCUCCUGAAUUUCAGAAUAAUUGUAAAUAGAACCAUAUGCUUUUUAUAAGACUUUGUAAUACUUCUGCUACUAGAGAGGGAAUGAAAGAUGCAAUUUGUAGUGCUGUUAAAUGCAUGAGAGUGAAAUUUACAUUCUAGAUCACUAGUUUAUUCCUCCGGACAUUUUUAUUUUCAAGUCUAAUUCUAUAUGGUCUUUGGGUUUAAAUUGCUAGGAAUUGGAGUGUAGACUGCAUUCUCUAAUGCCCUUUAUUAAUAUAACAUGUCUCACAGUGGGUAUGUAUUGCACUGAUAUCAUAGGCUUGUGAUGACACUAAAACGAGGGUAAAUGUUGGCUGCUGCCAAGGGAUUGUGUUAAAACUGAUAAUGCAUCCCUCUGUCAUCUAAAUAUACCAAGCAUAUAAUAUAUUUACUGACUGUUGUGUCUUAGAGCUGUGAAUAUACCAUCUGCUAAUCUUCUUGAAAUUGUAUUCUUUUCAAUUCCUCUUUGGUUUUGUACUUUUAAGCUAUUUUUGUGUUUUAACAUUAGAUGUGAGAAGUUCUAUAUAAAUAGUCAUACUGA